CUGCCCGCCCGCCAGCCCACCCGCUGCCCCUCCUCCGCCGCGGAUCCUCGCGCCUGCCGCCGGACUCGCGCUCUCCACUUCUUCUCCCGGCGCCGCGCCAUGGAGGACGGGACGCGGGCGGUGAGGACGGUAAGGGUGCGGAACAUCUCAGAUCUGGCAGGGGAGCGCGAGGUGCGCGAGUUCUUCUCCUUCUCCGGCGAAAUCGAGCACGUCCACAUCAGGCUUGACGGGGCGCCCGCGGGGAGGACGGCCUACGUCACCUUCAAGGAUCCCAAGGCGCUCGAGAUCGCGCUGCUGCUAUCGGGAGCAACAAUUGUGGAUCGAGUUGUGAACAUAACCUCUGCUGAAGAUUACAUCUACAUCCCUGUUAAUGAACAGCAACUUGUGGUCAAUGAGGUGACAAGUACAGCUCCUACUGCAGAUCUGGAACAAUCUACUGAGGCCAAUGCAAGUCCCACGAGCGGCCGAGUUUAUGCAAGCAAGGCUCAUGAUGUGAUGACAACUGUGAUUGCAAGGGGGUCAGCAAUUCGACAAGAUGCUGUGAACAAAGCUAAAUCAUUCGACGAGAAACAUCAAUUAAGGGCUAAUGCAACAGCUAGGAUCAGUUCCUUUGAUAGGCGCGUUGGCCUUUCAGAGAAGUUAAACACUGGGAUAUCAGUUGUAAAUGAAAAGGUGAAAACUGUGGACCAAAGGUUACAUGUUUCUGACAAGACAAUGGCUGCUUUGCUGGCUGCAGAGCGCAAGCUAAAUGAUACAGGCUCUGCUGUGAAAACCAACAGGUAUGUCUCUGCUGGGACAAGCUGGCUGAAUGGUGCUUUCAGCAAAGUCGCCAAGGCUGGUCAUGUUGCUGGCUCAAGAACAAGAGAAAAGUUCCAAUUAGCUGUGUCAAAUAUAUCAGCCAAAGGACCUGCGGUCGUUGCUUAAGCUUGCUGUGUUGGUUCUGGCCUGGGGAAAUUCUAUUGGCAACCCUGAGUGAGCACCUUCCAUUGGUUGUGUCGGCAGCUGUGGCUUGUAACUGUGCAUUUCACUAUUGUCUUUUUUGUUCUUCUUUUGGGAGUAUUUUUUCCAGGGAGUUGUCAGAUUUGGUACAUAGAUCUAAAUUUUUAGAAUUUGUUUAGAACCGCUAUUCUUUUAGUGCCCAUGUUCAAUUGAUUAUAGGUGAUAGUGACAUUUUGGACCA